AUAAAAAUGCACCAAAGCCGUUUUCCCAUACAAACUAGUGAACUUUGGAUUGCCAUAUCUCAGUCAUGUCUCAUCCAAUUGUUUUCAUUUUUCUGUGACGAACUACAAAACAUUUCAAUUUUCAAAAACUAUUGAAAAAGUUCAGUGAUAACUAUUGAUUCAAAAGUUACAGAUAGGUUGAAUUUUGACAAUAAAAAUGCACCAAGACUAAAAAUUGUAUAGCCUGAUAUGCUGAAGUCAGAUAGCUAUAGUGUCUUCAGCAAAUUUAUUGGUCAUCACACAAGAAACAUAUUUGCCGAAGACACCAUAGUGAUUUGACUUCAGCAUUUUUGGCUACAUAAUUUUUUGUCUUGGUGCAUUUUUAUUGUCAAAAUUCAACCUAUCUGCAUCUUUUGAAUCAAUAGUUAUCACUGAACUUUUUCAAUAGUUUUUGAAAAUUGAAAUGUUUUGUAGUUCGUCACAGAAAAAUGGAAACAAUCGGUUGAGACAUAACUGAGAUAUGGCAAUCCAAAGUUGACUAGUUGGUAUGGAAAAACGGCUUUGGUGCAUUUUUAUUGUCCGAUACUGUACAUAAAGUAUACAGCACUCCGGUGCAAUCGAUUAUUUAAUACCAACGAUUCCAGUUGAGUAAGAAACACAUUUAAAAUCCUUAACAAAUAAAACAAAACUAACUUUUUUUUUCCUUCAAGAGUUUCUCGGGCAUUCUUCCAGGUGUUUCUCGGGAAUUCCUCCAGGAGUUUCUUUAGGAGUUCCUCGGAAAUUUCUCCAGAAGUUUCUUGGGAAUUCUUUUAGGAGUUUCUCCAGAAUUUAUUUAGGGGUUCUUAGGGAAUUCCCCAGCAGUUUCUCAAAUGCCUCAGAAAUUCCUCCUGGAACUUCUCGGAAAUUUCUCCAGAAGUUCUUUGGGAAUUCCUCCAUGAUUUCCUCGGUUAUUUUUCCAGGAGUUCCUCGGGAUUUUCUCUACGAGUUCUUCGAAGAUUCUUCCAGGAGUCAUUCGGAAAUCUUUUCAAGAGAUUCUCGGAUAUACCUCAAAGAAUUCCUCAGGAGCUCCUCCAGAAGUUCCUAGGAAAUUCCUCCAUGUAUUCUUCGGAAUCCCUCCAGGAGUUCCUCGAGAAUUUCUUCAGGAGCUCUUUGAGAAUUCUUCCUGGAGUUUCUCGGGAAUUACUUUAAGGGUUCCUUGGAAUUCCUAUAGGAGUUCCUUAGGAACUGUUCCAGGACUUUUUCGGGAAAUUCUCCAAGAGUUCCUCGGAAAUUCCUAAAGGAGUUUGCCGAGAGUUCUUAGGGAAUUCCUCGGCAAUUCCUUUAGGGGUUCCUCCUGCAGUAGAUAUCCGAGGAAUCUAGAGAAAUUCCCGAGAGACUGCAAAAAAAAAACCUUCAGGAACUUCGAAGGAAUUCUCUUGGAGGGAUUUCCAAGAAACACUCAACUCCUAGAGAAAUUCCCGAGGAAUCCCAGAGUGAAUUGCCAAGGAACUGCUGGGGGAUUUCUCGAGAACUCCUGGAGGUAUUCCCGAGAAACUCUUAAAGAAAUUCCUGGAAGGAUUCCCGACGACUAACUCCUGGAGAAAUUACCGAGGAUCUCCUGGAGGAAUUCUCGUGGAUUUCCUGAAGGAUCAUCAAGGAUUUCCUGGAAGAUUUUUCUGCAAGGGUUCCCAAAGAUCACCUGGAUGAAUUCCCGAAGAACUCAUGGAGGAAUUUCCGAGGAACCCAAGGAGGAAUGUCUGAAGAACUCCUGGAAGAAUUCUCGGAAACUUAUGGAGGAAUUCCCGUAGAAUUCCUGGUGGAGUACCCGAAGGAGUUUUGGUGGAAAUCCUAAGAAACUCGUGAAGGAAUUCCCGACGAUCUCCUGGAGAAAUUCCCGAGCAUCUUUUGGACGAAUUCCCGAGCAUCUCCAGGAGGAAUUCUCGAGGAUUCCCGAGAUACUUCUGGGGGAAUUCCCGAAAAACUCCUAGAGGAAUUCCUGAGGAACUGCUGGAGGAAUUUCCGAAACCCUCCAUGCAUUAUGCAGCGUUAAGUGAAAAAAAUGGAAGAUAUAAAAAAAAAAACAAAAAAAAUACACCCUUUGGAUUUUUUGUGUUUUACCCAAAGUUUUAUUUUAAAAAUUCAUCAUCUGAAUAGAAGUAAUAAAGUAUAAUUCAACAGUAGAUUACCUAAAGCAUCAAUUUUUAUUGACUUUCGUGCUAAUUUCAUCUUAGGUGUGAUAAGGCGAGAUAAACCCAUAAAAUUGUCUUUGUUUGUUCUCAGAGGUCCCACUUGCCCCAGAUAGCGAAAUGCACUGGGGAAAGUGAGAGCAGAUAACUAAAGGUAAUAAAUAAAAAUAAAAUACAGCUUUUUCGCUUGAAAUCAUUUGUAUGAACUCCAAAUACUAUCCUGAAACCAAAAAAGUAUUUGUAGAAUAACAAAUCUAUUUUUAAACGACGAAUGUAGUAGAGCACGUCAAUCUUACCUAUAGUGAAUUGAAAAUAACAUAUGAACAACAAUAACGUAUAUGGUAUCUUUAUCGUUGAAACAAUAACAUUUUUUGUAUUCAAAGUAUCCGUAGGUGUGAUACCUAUGUUUUCCAUGAAGAAUGUUAGUCUUAAAAAUAAAUAAUUAAAAAAAUACUAGCUAUAGGUCUCACUUGCCCCCGAUUCUCAUUUGCCCCGGGGUACCUUACCUAUUGAAAAUUGAUUACCAAUCUACGGGACCAACAAAUAGCUACAUAAAUACUUCCUGCAAUGUGAUUCUGACCCAAUAAUUGAAUCGAAGCUGAACAACAUGUUUAACCAUCUAGUUCACCUUCACCUUGGACGAGUUCAAGCACCAUCACCCUCCGCUUCGGAGCAACAGAUCCGAAAAAAAAAUCAAAUAUUCAAAGUCAUCGCUGGUCCGCUCAACAUCACAGCAAAUAAUUUGAAUACUCCGAAGAAAUGUUUAAACCAGAACUGCGCUGAUUCAACAAUAAAGGAAAAAUCACCCAACAAAGCCCACAAUAAAACCAUCACCGGAUUUCCACUGGACUGUCGUCGUCCUAUCCCAGCGUCAUCGUCGUCGUCGUCGUCAAGUGCGGUAGCGUUCAAUGCGGCCUUUUUUAUUGAGGCGUAAUCAAGUUCAGGCCUCAGUAAAUCCAAGACGGCGCACAGACUGUCAACGCGCGCCGCGCGGAAAGUGAUGAAAUUAAAUUAUUAUGCAUGUUUACAACUCUCUUCCGAGUAGGCAAGCAAGCUGAAGCUGGGGCAGGUAUAUCUAUGUGCGUCUAUCAAAAGGCAAACACCAGCAGCGCCAGCAGCGAUCCGUGACGACACACACUGGAGUAACAGGGUCCAAUUCAUGGCCAAAAAAUUUUAACACGUUUUUAUGGUGUAUUAUGAAUGUACUAACGAUAAAAUUGUGAAUUUAGAUAUUGCGGAAGCAUUUUGGAUUAUAAAUAGCCAUAUUUAUUCACUUAAACGCUAGAAAUGAUUUCUUAUAACCUCUCCAAGGACAACGUUUAUUUUCACCCCCAAAAAUCGCUUGAAGCGUCGAACAUUUUUAUUUGACAACAGAGAACUGAAAAAUAAUUAUAUUUCCAUGAAAAAUAUUGUUUGGAAACAAGGGCCACCUCGUUCCAUAGAAAUUCUCCUAGAAGUGUGAGAGAAAUUAAAUUCUUUUAUAAGUGUAGAUAACGUGUCUUCAGCAAAGUUGUAAGGAAUGUCAUAAUUGGGAAACUUGUUGAACAAUUGUUCUAUCUUCACAGUUUUUGGGAAUAUGGGCCGUUAUUUUUGAACGGUUUCUUAAACUCAGUUAAAUGUUGUACCUUUUUCUAGAUAUUUUGGGAAUCACAUUUUCAUUUUGGGGAUACUUUUAUAGUGCCCUGGAAAACACAUCAAAACUCAAAAAUUAAUCAUGGAUUGAAAUUUUAGGAGUUUGAACAUGAUGAUAGAAGCCGUGUGGAAUAUAUCAGUUUGCAUUUUUCUAUUAAAACAUGGCAUUUUAACACAACUUUAUACAUAAAAGUAAGUUCGUGGAGUACUGAGUGAAAAACUCAAUGAGUGUUUGUUCCCAACUAGUUCCCAAUAUAUUUCUAUAGGCUCGCGCCGAAUCCACCUUGCUCUAGUACUGCAAUUGAGUGCUAGGUGGUAGUAGUAGUGCUAGAAAUGAAUAGCAUGUAAUUUAAAUACUGUAAGUAGUAGUAGGCAGUUAGGUUUCAUUAGAUCAUGAAUUAUAAAAUAAAAUUAGUCUAAGUUGAACUCCCGAAGAAAUAAAGUGUCCUUAAAUAGUUCCAAUAUAUAUUUGCGAGUCAAUAAAGUGAUCUUCAAAGUGCCAAACGUUUCCUAUUGCGAAGAAGAAAUCCUCCUAGUGGCAGUUAGCUGCAACACAGCGAGCUUUGUUGAAAGUGAAGUAGCUCAUUAUCCUAUGCCACCACCACCCGCGCAGCAUAGAGCAACUCUACAGCCGCAAUCCGAUUUUCUACCCGAGAAAUUCCACCGGAAAUCACGAACCUGCCCCAACAUAUUUGGUGCCGUGACCAGGAUUCGGUUUCCGUUUCGCCAUUGUGUCCGUGAUCCGAGUGACCUUCAACCGCCAUCGCGAGAAGGCGUCGCUAUUGAAAUUCCGCCAUCAUUUUCUACCGAUCAACCGCCAUUCCUCCGAAGAAGAUUCCCGAGUGUUCCAGAAUAUUAAUACAAGGCCUAUUGAAAUUAGGCACACGUGAACGCAAGAGCUUUGCCCGUUUCCGGCCCAUUCCCGCCGGUGAAUAGAAGUGCCGUUUCCCGUUUCCCGCCCUCGAGAGUGCUACCGAAUACCCAGAGGCCAUUCCGUCACCAUUUCCGCUAAUCCGGCCAACCCUCCAUCGCCGAGAAUCCGCAGUAUCCAGAGGUGUUUUAUAAGAAAUACAAGGCAUUAUCCUAGCCUUGAAGAGAACCGCCAUUUUGUUACGCCGUACCCCAACCGUUCCGUCAUGGAGGAACAACGCCAGCUUCAGCUAACCAACCGCCGCACGACCCUCAUGGCUUCACUGGGGAGAGCCGAGCAGUUUGUGUCGAAAUACCAAGCCGACCGUGAUCAAGCCCAAGUACCGCUGCGCAUCGAGAACAUCGACAACGUGUGGAUGGGACUGGAGGACGUUCAAACGCAACUCGAGGAACUGGAUGUCACCGAAGAAGGUAGGGAACAGAACAAUCAAAUCCGUUCCAAAUUCGAAUCCGUUUAUUUCAAAGUAAAGGCUGCUCUAAAUUCCCUCUUACCCGCUAGUCCAAUUCAAACUCCAAGCGCAAUCCCUAACCCUCCCGCCAAUUUGCUUUCCGGCAUCAAGCUUCCCACCAUUUCGUUGCCCGAGUUCGAUGGCGACUACAAUCAAUGGCUGGCUUUUCAUGACACCUUUGUUGCCCUGAUACACUCUAACGCUGACGUCCCCGACGUGCAAAAAUUCCAUUAUCUCCGCGCCGCCUUGAAAGGUGAAGCGGCUCAGCUGAUCGAGUCGAUCGCAAUUAGCUCUGCAAAUUAUACUGUCGCCUGGCAGACGCUUACCACCCGCUACGCCAACGACUACCUGCUCAAAAAGCGCCACUUGCAAGCCCUCCUAGAUUGUCCCCGCAUGAAAAGAGAAUCCGCCGAAGCCCUGCAUAGCCUUGUUGAUGAGUACCAACGCCAUACAAAAAUUCUCCACCAACUUCAAGAACCCGUUGAUCAAUGGAGCACAAUGCUCGAGCAUCUGCUCUGCAUCCGCCUUGACGAUGGUACCCUCAAGGCCUGGGAGGAUUAUGCUACUACCGUCGCUAACCCAAACUACACCUGUCUCGUAGAUUUUCUACAACGUAGGAUCCGUGUUCUAGAAUCGAUGUCCGUCAACCACCAGUCGCAUAACUCGCAAACGCCAGUCAAUCAAGUCCCUCUCCAUCGAAAGCCAUUGUUCCACAAAGUUACCACCCACGCCGUCGCAGAAGAACAGCCCAAAUGCUACGCUUGCAAUCAGUAUCACUUUCUCAUUAAAUGUCCCCGCUUUGAGAAAAUGAACGUGUCUGACCGUAUGAGACUAGUCGACAACAAUCGUCUUUGUCAGAAUUGUUUCCGCCACGAUCACUUUGCUCGAAACUGCCAGUCAAAAUAUUCCUGCCGACACUGCCAAAGAAGACACCACACCUUGUUGCAUCACAAUCACACCAACAGCUUCAAUGAAUCCACUCUCCAAGCAUCAUCAUCGCGAUUCGCCAAUCAAUCCAUUCAUGCACCCAAUCCGUUGUCGAAUCGAAACAAUGCUCCAUCCACUACCUACACAUGCGCGAGCUCCACCUCGCAUGCAAACGAUCCCGCGCCUACAUCGAAUUCCAACGUUCUGCUUUCCACCGUCGUUCUAUUGAUCAUCGAUUCGAAUGGUAAUGCUCACCCUGCACGUGCAUUGUUGGAUAGCGGCUCUCAAUCCAACAUAAUGAGCGAGAGACUGUGCCAGAUGUUGAAAUUGAAGCGGCGUGUCGUAAACAUCCCCGUCCAUGGUGUAGGUGAAUCAGCCUCUAAUGUGAAGCACGGCGUCCACUCUUCCAUUCGCUCCAGAAGGAAUGAUUUCCAAAUCGACCUCGAUUUUCUAGUCCUCCCUCGUGUCACAAUAGACCUGCCCGCUGAGACGUUUCCAGCCAGCAACUGGCGAAUUCCAAGCGAUUUGUUCCUAGCCGACCCCAGCUUCAACAAAACCGGGGCAAUUGAUUUGCUUCUGGGAGCGGAACAUUUCUACAAUUUCGUCAACACUGGGACACAAAUCGAACAGGAUCAAAAGCCUCUGCUAGUCGAGAGUGUCUUUGGAUGGAUUGUUGUCGGAAGAAACCAAUUUCCGUCCGCCCCACAGCCAACGGUAUGCCAUGUGUCCGUUUCAGAUCCCCUCCAUGACGCCGUCGAACUUUUCUGGAAAAUUAAGGAACUUAAUAACACGCCCAACUACUCCGUCGUAGAGCAGCAAUGUGAAUCGCAUUUCGUCGAAAAUGUUACCCGCACCCACGAAGAUCGGAGCGUGAUUUGCCUUCUACGCCACCCCGAGAGACGAUUACAACAAGAUCCCAAUAUGAAGCAGGAGUUCCAGGAUUUCCACUCUGAGUAUGAAUCCCUGGGUUACCCACGCAUUGUUCCUUCGAACGAGCCCGAACCUCCGCAGACCUACAUUCCCCAUCUGCCGGUGGGGAAGGAAUCACAUACCACUACAAAGGUGGGACCAGAAGUGCAAGGCGAAAUGCUCACUCUCAUCCCCACGAAUCCACACGUACUCCCCACGUUUGCCGACGCUUCCGAGCAAGCACACAGAGCAUGCACAUACGCAAGAUCUACCGAUUCCAAUGGUGGAAUUGACGACCAGCCAAUAGCGGUCAAAUCAAGUGUUGCGCCUCUCAAACUCCUUUCGAUUCCACGCUUUGAACUAUCGGCCGCCGUGCUUGCUGCUCGACUACGCGCUGAAAUCCUCGAAGCACUCACCAUGUCCAUCGAUUCAUCCUACUUCUGGUCCGACUCGUCAGUCACACUCGAAUGGUUGCGCUCCCCUCCGCAUGUAUGGAAAGCCUCUAUCGCCCAGCGAGUAUCAGAAAUUCAAACUACAACCCAAGGAUCGGAAUGGAACCAUGCUGCAGGAAUCAACAACCUGGCAGACCUAAUUACGAGAGGAAUGAAGCUGGUUGAGUUUCUGAGCAGUGAUCUGUGGCACUACGGUUCAUCCUGGCUGUGUCGUCGAAGUGAGCAGUGGCCAAGUUCACCAAAAACGGACAACCUUCCUGACGACAUUCUGGAGAGGCGAGUAACGGUGGCGGCCGUCCAAACCAGGUCAAACGUCAACGAAAUAUCCCUACGAAGAUCACCCUACUGGAGACUGCUACGAGUAACUGCCUGCUGCCUACGGUUCACCAACGCUUGCAGACGACGAAGGUCAUCCGAUCAACCAGAAGGAAGCACCGUUCUCACCGUGGAGGAACUAUCGAAAUCUCGCCUGAAGCUGGAAAAGCUAUCCCAACGGAAUUCUUUAGUGGAGGAGUUUAGGGAUUUGAGUAGAGGGAAGCCAGUUUCGAAACGGUCUAAUUUGCGCUUGAUGAGUCCAUUUCUUGAUUCCGACGGAAUCAUUCGAGUUGGGGGAAGGUUAAACCUCUUAGAGCAGCCAUACCACACCAAGCAUCCAAUCCUACUACCCAGUUCCCAUCCAUUCACACGUUCUGUUGCCCACUAUCACCUCAAACUGCUGCACGGUGGCGGCCGUGUAUCACUAGCAACAAUGCGGCAAGAAUAUUGGCCUAUCCAAGAUCGACGACUGCUAAACACCGUCCUGCGACGCUGUUUCCAAUGCACACGUGCAUCUCCAACACCGGCAACUUCCAGAAGCUUCCAGGAGCAGGUCCAACGUUUCUGGUAUCUGUUGCGAACGGAGUAUUUCCACGAAUUGCAGAAGAAAGGCAGCAGAACAACACCGAGUACUGCCUAUCAACCUGGAAGAAUGGUUAUUCUGGUGGACGAAUCUCUUCCGCCAACAAGAUGGCCACUAGCAAGGACCACCGAAUCGCAUCCAGGACGAGACGGAAUCACAAGAACCGUUACAGUCAAAACCAGCGAAGGGAUCCAUCUCACGACCUAUCACCAGACUUUGUUGAUUGCCGUACGAAGAUUUUGAGCCUAAAAUUGUAGAAAUAGUUUAAAAUUUGUAAAAACCCAAGAAUUUCAUUGGCAAUUUUCUGCAUGCACGAUGUUGAUGAGAUUUGUAGACAAUGAAAUCGUGUUGACAAGUAAAACGUCAAAGAUGAAAUUUGAAAUUUCAGGUGGCGGCGAUGUUUGUUCCCAACUAGUUCCCAAUAUAUUUCUAUAGGCUCGCGCCGAAUCCACCUUGCUCUAGUACUGCAAUUGAGUGCUAGGUGGUAGUAGUAGUGCUAGAAAUGAAUAGCAUGUAAUUUAAAUACUGUAAGUAGUAGUAGGCAGUUAGGUUUCAUUAGAUCAUGAAUUAUAAAAUAAAAUUAGUCUAAGUUGAACUCCCGAAGAAAUAAAGUGUCCUUAAAUAGUUCCAAUAUAUAUUUGCGAGUCAAUAAAGUGAUCUUCAAAGUGCCAAACGUUUCCUAUUGCGAAGAAGAAAUCCUCCUAGUGGCAGUUAGCUGCAACACAGCGAGCUUUGUUGAAAGUGAAGUAGCUCAUUAUCCUAUGCCACCACCACCCGCGCAGCAUAGAGCAACUCUACAGCCGCAAUCCGAUUUUCUACCCGAGAAAUUCCACCGGAAAUCACGAACCUGCCCCAACAAUGAGUUCAGCUAUAAAAAACAAUAUUUAUCUGAAAAUAUUUUCUUAACGGUGCAUCAACAUAUGAUUACAUACUACAAAUAGUGAGCUCUUUUUUUGAGUUGUUUUUGAUUUUUUUAUAACAAAUUUUGAACACAACAGUUCUAGCUACAUUAGAUUACUACUGCAUUGCAUACAUUUAGGCGUUUAUCGGUGUAUGGAGAUUUCUGCCCAAAUUUACUAAAUUAUUUCAAUUUGACACAUUUUGUUAAGAGAUAGAAGACCAGAUUUGUAUUCUGCUAUGAUCUAUCUACCGAGAAUAAGUGGCCGUUCAUUGAAAAAGUAGUCGAAACGAAGUUGUUAUAUCAAAAUUAAACAUAAAUUGUAACUAAAAACUAGUCAAAAAGGUGUAAAUUUCAAAAUGAUUUAUUUUUUCGUCUGGUACUUUCUGGUACCCGUUCUCUUGCGAUUCACAAAGGAUAUGCCUUAUAUUUUAUUGUAAUUUUAUCCAGAUCGCGGAAUGCUGCAGAAUCUGAAAACUUUUUGAAUGCUGAAAAUGGUUAAAAAUGGUCAAAAAACAUGAUUUUGAAAACUCUUCUGUAAGAGAGCAAAAUAAAUGAAACCAGGUGAAGUUUUUUGUUUAAAUGAUACACCCUUAUCAGGAGAACUGUGUUACAUACUCAGUUAUUUUUUCAAAUUGUCAAUAUUUCGAUAAUUGAAGUUCUUCCGAUGAGUUAUGAUGCAAAUGAAAAAAACAGUAGAGAAAAUCGUCAAAUUUCGGCAUUUAUUCUUAAAAAAAUAUGCAUCCCAAAGUAUUUUAUUGAUUGCCACAUGAUGAAGCAUUACUUCAUUUAUCUUUAAAAAAUAUUAGACACUGGAAAACCCUGAAAAAAAAUUUUCGACUUAUGGCCAGGAAUUUGGCCCAUUUACGCCUGUGUGGCGACAACGCGGCUGAAGCUGCUCUCUUUGCUUUGCGAAUCUCGCGCCGUCGUCGUCGUCGCCCGGAGGAGAUGUCUCUUGUGCUUGUGGUCGGUCCGUUUCGAGACAGAUCAUCAAGCAAAAAUAUUUAUCAUUUUCGUUUGCAAUGAUGCGGAGGACUGGCGGUGCUGAUCAAAACGUCACCAAUCGGAGCAUGAUGUCGUCUAGGUCUGUGCAUAUUUAUUUGAUCGAGAAAUUUGCAAAUUGAGAUCUUGAACCUGCAGGAGAAUGGUGGUAAAAUACCUGUGCCGGUUGAUGGUCAAGUGGUACAAAUCGGACGGCUUGUGACUGAUCAGUUGACAAUCAUGCCUAUUAAUAAAUGAAAUUAUCGACGCAUCUCUUUGCAUAGAAAAGUGAUUGUUCAGGUGCAGGAACAGAAUGAUAUUUACAGGUUUUACAAAACUUUCAAAGGUAUGCGCAGAAAAGCAGCGCAUUGCCCCGUCAUAUGGAACGACCGUGAUGGAAACUUUCUGACAGAUAAAACAAUGCACAAUGAAAAAAAUACCUAGGUAUUUAUAAAAAUCCUGGAGUACAAAGCAGAUGAUUUGUUUGAUUCGUGUAUGUAUACAAACUCCCGUAAUAUCAAAUGGAGCUGAUUUGAUUCACCGCACGGCCUCAAAAAUUGAAAUAUUUUCAUAUAACCCCGACAUUCUCUAUUUCUACAAAUUUUCACAUGCAUCUUUUCCCGAAGUAGAACGCAAUCUUAAGAGCAGGACCAACCCUAUGCCAAAUUUCCGAUACUAAGGAAGUUUUUACACAAAUACGAGUUAAAUAAGGCAUUUAUUUUGCACGCCAGGUGGGAAUAGAUGAGGAUUUUCCUACGAAGGUGUGAGAAAAAGAGAGCGGGGUAAAACGAACUCAAUACACUGAUUUCCAGCAUCGUGCGGAGAAUAACACCCUCCUUAUUUAAAGCUAUAGAGACUUUUAAAGUUUGUGUCAAAAAUUCAUUAGAGUCCAUCCACUUCGAGCAGAGAUAUUCACGCAGAAAAAAGUAUGGUAAAAUCAAAAAUAUUUCAGGUAAACUCAAAUAAAUUGUCAAUUUGUUCUGGCAACAAAAAUAAAACUGUUUACGAACGUCACAUUUGAAGCAAAUUCAAUCCAUUUUUAAAACAAACAUGCAUCUUCUGACAGGUUAUGUUAAAAACAAAUGUAAAAUUUUUUGUUUUUUUUUUUGUGGCAGGUCGGCCCUACGGAAAUAUUUGUUUUCCAAUUAAAUUUACAAAGUCAUUUCCUUCUCUAGGAAAACCCACUUCCCGCGUGGCACUUUUAAUGCCAACAUCAUGUAAAUAACAUACGCUCCCGAAAUCAAUGGGAUUUCGUGGAAACUUUUGGUGAAACUUGACUUUUUUGCAAGAGGAAAUCUUGUUUGGUGCUGCAGCUGGAACUUGAGAGGUUUGUUUAUGUUCUCGACGGCGGAACGGGGGGUUCUUCAAUGGGUAUUGUAGAAAUCAAUAUGUAAUUGAUUUAGUUUGGAAAAUUAAUAUUUUAGUUUUAAAUAUUUUAUCAGUUUACCGAAUAAAUAUGAAUAUUUUUGUUUCAAACGAACGAAAUUUGUCUCCGUGUUGAAUUCAUUCGUGUUUUAUACCUAUUUUUUCCACUGUGCAAUGGUGGCUUCCAGAGGGAAGCCAGGUGAAAUUUUCAAAUGUCUUCACAAGGCAUACUAAAAUGUCUUCAUAUGUUUCCACACUCCAUAGUUUGGCUUAAGUAUAAAAUUAAUAUUGAAAAUAAAAAUGUAUGCUGUGUUCUCCCCACCAAGUAUUGUAGAGUGACAUCAUAUAUAAAAGCGUUGACUUGACGCCGACAUGAUAUACACUGUGGUGCAUAAUUGAUCGGUCAAACGCCGAAUUCGAUACUAAAUGGUCAGGUUUGGGAUGCUGUAACUUUGGUUUGCCUUGAUGGCUUGAGCUCAAUUUUAUACACGGAACUACUAAUAUGCUGAAUUUUACGUAGGCGAAGUACAAAUUGUUUUCGUUCACAGGUUUGAGCGUGGUAAGGCGUUCAAAAUACGCAAAAGUGUCCGGACAGCGGCACGCGUGUAAAUCAAAAGGCAUUCCAGACCUGGCCAUCUUGUAUCAAAUUCGGCGUUUGUCCGAUCAAUUAUGCACCACAGUGUAGCUAAACAUACAGAAAAUAUUUUUUUACUUCGAUAUGAAAAUUUCCCCCCAAGAAAAUGUGAGGGGUUUUCGAAGAUGUUCCGAAUUGUAAAUACAAAACUCAAAUAAAUGUAGGGUGCAAUCUCGAAGAAACUCUGACGGCUCUGCGAGAAAUUGUGUGAACAAUCCGUACAGAGUACUAGAAAUUCCUGCAAUGAUUUCAAAGGAAAUUUUAUUAGUCCUUUGGAAGAACUUUAUACACUCCCGUUCAAAAGUUUGGGGUCACCCCCUCAAAAACAUGUCAUUUUUUUAGGCCCAUAUCUCCGCCAAUUUGCGUCCGAUUUCAAAACCCUAGGUUUCAUUCAAAAGAUAAUAAGUCAAAGAAACUUUGAACAUGAUUUAAAAGAAACUUUUUCAAAAAAAAAUUGUAUGUAAACUUAACCCAAAGUUGCCAAAUUUUCUAAAAAAUGAAUAUAAACUUACGGCAGUGUCGCUGGAAGUUGGGUCGACCAAAUUUUAAGAUGAGAGCGGUAAUAUGACCCAUUUUCUAUUAGCUUUCAAUUGCUUUUUACAGAACUUAGCUAAAAAAUCUAGAAAAAAAGUUAUUAAUUCAAUUAAUCCUUGAUGUCAUCGACCAAAAGUUUGGGGUCACCCCUCAAUAUGAUGUAUCGGCCAAAAGUUUGGGGUCACUUUCGUAAAACAUGGAAAAGUGAUUUGGUGAUAUCUUCGUCAUCUAUAGUUUAAUUUUAAUUAUUUUUGGCUCAUUUCAAAGAUAAUUAACUAAAUUUGCGUUUGAUGUCUUCAACUUAACGUAUUAAACGAUUUUUGUAUAUAAAAAUGUUAUGUAAAGUUAGCACAUUUUACCACGCUUCAAAAAAUGAGGCAACUUUACGUUAAGUUUUAGUAUGUAAAUUUCAACAAAUAUGUGUGGUUCAAUGUCUAUGCAGUAAGUAUCAUUCAUUUUGUUUCAAAUAAGCCAAGAAGAAUUAAAAUUGAAUGAAAGAUUAAAAAGAUAUCAACAAAUCACUUUUCCAUGUUUUACGAUAGUGACCCCAAACUUUUGGCCGAUACAUCAUUUUGAGGGGUGACCCCAAACUUUUGGUCGAUGACAUCAAGGAUUAAUUUAAUUAAUAACUUUUUUUCUAGAUUUUUUAGCUAAGUUCUGUAAAAAGCAAUUGAAAGCUAAUAGAAAAUGGGUCAUAUUACCGCUCUCAUCUUAAAAUUUGGUCGACCCAACUUCCAGCGACACUGCCGUAAGUUUAUAUUCAUUUUUUAGAAAAUUUGGCAACUUUGGGUUAAGUUUACAUACAAUUUUUUUUGAAAAAGUUUCUUUUAAAUCAUGUUCAAAGUUUCUUUGACUUAUUAUCUUUUGAAUGAAACCUAGGGUUUUGAAAUCGGACGCAAAUUGGCGGAGAUAUGGGCCUAAAAAAAUGACAUGUUUUUGAGGGGGUGACCCCAAACUUUUGAACGGGAGUGUAUAUGUCAGAAAAGCUUUAGUAAGAUUCUGGUGAGCAUUGUGGUAAAUUCGGAUGUUUGUAGGAUUUAAGGCAAACUUCAUUCCUGUUUGGAUUCCACAAGUAGUUUCUUAUGUAAUUCCUCCAUGAGUCUGGAAUGCCUUCAAUAGUUGCUUCUAGGAUUCCUCUAGUUUUUUGUGAUUCCCCAUGGAGUGCCUUCUGAGAUUCCUCCAGGAGCUUUACAAGAAUUUCCUCAGUUCACCGGGAAGUCCUCCUGGAGUUUCCUGAGAACUAGUCUAGGUGCUCCUCAGGCAUUCCAUCAGAAGUACCCCAGGAAUUGCUUCAGGAUUUUCCAGAAUUCCUUCAAGAGUUCGGUGGAAAUUUCUCCAGGAAUCCGUAAAUGGCUUCCCUCCGAAUACCACGGAAGUUCCUUUAGAAGCAUUCCUGCAGUAACUGGGAAAGGAUCCCUCCAGAAUUCCCUGGGGAAUUUCUUCAUGAUUCGACGGGGAAUAACCUUCCCUCUAGCGUGCGCAGCUUUUUCUUUUUUCUCACUCACUCUCGUAAACAAACACAAGAAUGAGACAGAUAAAAGAGGGGGCAUUUUGCCCCCUCGCUCUUUCUUGUGUUUAUCGAAGAGAAUGAGCAAGAAGAAAGUAAAAGCUGCUCACGCUAGUGGGAAUAACUACAGAAAUAAUCCGAAAAUUCUCUCCAGAAUUUCCUUGAAAUAUACUUCCAGAGUUCCCCAAGGGAUUUUUUUCAGGAUAUCCUUGAUGAUCCUCCAGGGUAUCCGCGAGAAUUCCUACAUGAGAUCCUCGGGAAUUUCUCCAUAAGUUCUUCAGGAAUACCUGCAGGAGUUUCCAGAUAAUUUCUACAGAAUUCGCCAAGAGUUUAUCUUGGAGCUCUCAGGGAUUUUUUCCACGAUUUCCCGGGAAUUCCUCCAGAAGGUCCAUGGAAAUUCCUGUAAAAGUUCCUCAGGAACUCCAUCAGAAGAUCCUCGGGAAAUAUUCCUGGAGAUCCUUGGGAAUUCCCAGGAAAUUCCUCCAGGAGAUCACGGGAGCUCCUCUAGAAGAUCCUUGGGAACUCCUUCUGAAGUUCCUCGGAAAUUCUUCCAGAAGUUCCGUGUUUAAUCCUCCAGGAGUUCUUCGGGAAUUCCUCCAUAAGGGUCCCGAGAAUUUCUUCAGGAGUCUUCCGAGAAUUCCACCUGGAAAUUCCUCAAGGUGUUACUCGAUAAUUCAUCCAGGAGCUAGGAGCAAGACACUGUGCAAACAAGAACUACCUUGAGAAAUUUGAAGUAACUCUUUAAGGACUGUUCAUUUUAUAAAGAGGACACCUUAUUUGUGUGAUAUCUUUUUUUAUUUUUCAAUAAAAUUAUUAUCGGUUUCUUGCAUAAAUUUCCAUAGCUAUUCUACAGUGUAGGAAAAAUAUAACAUUAUUCAAAUUGUCCUUAGUUGUGGAACUGAAGCGGUUUUCGUUAACACUCAAUAAAACCCCAUUUAUCAAAAUUCUACACAACUUUCCACAUACAUAACUUUAAAAUUUUCAUGAACUUUUCAAUGUGUUGGGAUCUAAUACUAUUCUUCUAAAGGUAGAGUGUAAUAGUUGGUGAGUAAUAAUGCACCAAGCAAUAUACAGCUUGGUAUAGUGAGUUGCCUUGUUAUCAAUGAAAUUGAUAAAAAAUACUUAUUUAAGGCGAAACUGGAAGCAUUUCCUAACUUUUUGGUUCUUGAUUUUAUAUUAAAUAACGAAGCAAUAUUUUCAAAAUCGGUUUUCGUGCACAAGUAGAGUAUGGAUCAAGGUAUCUUCUGAAUUUUUGUUGUAGUGGAAAAUGU